AUGCAUUCACAUAUCUUUGUCGGAAGCUUUGUGAACCUCAUUGCUACGUUCAGUGCUUGUCAAGCGCUGUCUAUUGGGUAUGUGCUCGACACUCAUGACUCCACUGGUGAUUGCAAGAAUGUCGCCCAGUACCAGGCAGACUUCAAGCUCAUCGAAAGGAACAUCCCAAAGCCUACAGAUGGAAGUCAAAUCAUCGUGCGCUUGUCCUCGUCCGACAAGUGCAAGGUGUUCGAUAUCGCGAUCGAUGCUCUGGCAGCAAGUGACAUCUCUGACAUGCGUCUUUGGUUUGACUUCCAAAUCCCCACAAUUAAAGGAAACGACACACUGAAAGGAAACGGAGACUUUAGCAAAGAAACGUUGAAUAGUGUUUUACUUGGCUACAUUGUCGACCAGGUCAGGAACUCAAUCAAAUUCGGCCAGGCUUGUGACUACCUAGCCGGUAUCUCCCUUGAGCAUUACGGUGGUCUCAAUGCUGAAGAUAUCCAGGCUGCAAUGGCCACCGUGGCUAUCAGUAGAUUCAUCAGUCCAAGCGCAUGUAGCAGGGUCAUGUCUACAUUCAAGACGUCUGCGUUUGCUUGGCUCUACGAGUAUAGGAAGCUGACAGGCAUGGGGCAAAUCGAAUUUCCCUUUGAUAUCGGUGUGCCAAUCGACGACCCCGAUAUUCAUGUCAUCACUGCCUCGCUUGUGAAUACGGUUGACGAUCUGGUGGCCGCCUUCCCGGAUGUUCCAGUGGUGGUGGCGGGUGUCAGCUGGGCUUCGCCCUGGACUAGCGUUCGAUCAGCAUCGUCGACCGACCAACAGCUCUACUGGCAGCAGUUUUGGUGCGCAAAAGGAGAUGUGGCGAGCGCAAACACCAUCAAGGCUGUCUUCUGGGACUCCGCGAUUGACGGUGCCAAUACCAAUGGUUUACUGGACAAGGAUGGGAAUGUCAAGUUCCGCUUGGAGAAUUGCAAAGCGAUGUAA